AUGAAAUUCUUCAACCCUUUUCAUCUCUCUAUCAUUUCUUCUUCUCAUCUUACCAUGUUGAGGUUGGUUAUUGAGUUGAAGCACCACCCGAUUUUCGAUAAAGCUCUUCGGUUUUUCGUCGAAGCUUUGAAAACGACCACUUUCGCUUUGUUUCUAUGCCUUCUCGCUCUAGUUGGUGCAUCGGUUGGAACGGUGAUCGGAGCUUUCAAAGGCCAUGGCGUCGCCAUAGGCGCUAUAGCCGGUGCAGCUGCAGCCCUUCAGCUAUUGAGCUACCCCGAAUCGGAGUAUAGAUAUUCUUUGUCGAAGGAAGCAAUAAUGGAGAGUCUAAUGAAUGGGAAGGGGUUGAUGAACUGGGCGAGCAACUUCUCGGAGUAUAUGUACCGAGAGAUGUCGGAGUUUGUCGACGUCGCCGGAGAAAGCUGUGUCGAAGGAAUGUCAAUGGAGAGUGUUCAAAAUUUGCCUAUUUGUGAUUAUGAUCAUGGCAAGAUGAAGAACUCCAUUUCUUGUCCCAUUUGCUUAGAGGAAUUUGAAGAUGGAGAAUUUGGUAGGAGACUUCCAAAUUGUGAUCAUUUUUUCCACGUGGAUUGCAUAGAUCAAUGGCUACGAUUGAAUGGAUGUUGCCCAUUUUGUAGAAAAUUUUGUAAUUAAACCAUACCUUAUA